UUAUAUAUAAUAUAUACAUGUAUAUAUUCGGCGGCCGAUAAAUGUUCGCGCGCGCAAAGAGAGAUAGGUUAUAAAAGGGAAGUGAUUGACCGCCUGACACGAUCUCGUCUGUCUCUCUCUCUCCCUCUUUCCCUCUCUCUCACUCUCCGUGUUUAUCCGCGUUUAACCGCAAGUCGUUCCCCGCUUCCGAUAUCGCGAUGAGGGAUUCGUAGCGGAGGCUUAAAGAUAUUCUAAUCUGCGAGAGGUAAAUCUGUCAAUCGGUGCCAUCUCUCUUAAAACGCUGAUAAGGAUAUGGCGAUAAGGCGUGGGAUUUAAACGUGCCGGGUGCCUAGAACGCAGCUGGCAAAAUGGGCAAGUUGUUGUCAAAGAUCUUUGGCAACAAGGAGAUGCGUAUUCUCAUGUUAGGACUGGACGCUGCAGGAAAAACUACAAUAUUGUAUAAACUUAAACUAGGACAGUCUGUGACAACUAUACCAACUGUAGGAUUCAAUGUAGAAACAGUUACCUAUAAGAAUGUUAAAUUUAAUGUAUGGGAUGUGGGUGGCCAAGAUAAAAUACGUCCGUUAUGGCGUCAUUAUUACACUGGGACGCAAGGACUUAUUUUUGUAGUAGAUUGUGCAGAUCGGGAUAGAAUCGACGAAGCCCGCCAGGAACUUCAUCGAAUCAUAAACGAUAGAGAAAUGCGUGAUGCGAUUAUCUUAAUUUUCGCUAAUAAACAAGAUCUUCCUGAUGCAAUGAAACCGCAUGAAAUACAAGAAAAAUUGGGAUUAACUAGGAUACGAGAUAGAAAUUGGUACGUUCAGCCAUCUUGUGCCACAACAGGAGAUGGGCUUUAUGAAGGCCUUACGUGGUUAACCAGUAAUCAUAAAUUAUGAGCAAAUAUUUAUUUUCACAAAUUAGCAUAUAUAUAUAUAUAUAUAU